ACGAAGAUGAAUUUCAACAUUUUUAGUGCUUUCUGUUUAAUACUGGUGGUAGCAAAUGUACAUUCGUCAUCUCACUUAAAAGACGGCGUUAGAAACAUAGUCGUUCAGCUCCUAGAAGAAGCUUUUAAUGAGCUGGAUCUCUUCUUCCAGGAAGCCGACGAAUACAUCGCGAAAAUCGAAAAUCAGGAACCCGAAAUCGAGGAGAAUAUUAUUAAUUACGUUAUCAGCGAAGGAAAGCUUUUCAAUUCGUAUUUUGUCGACCUAAUCAAAAGUUUCGAAGCCAACGCCACGGCCGACGGCAAAAUUGUUCUUCAGUGUAUCGUUAAUGAAAAAGAUCAAUUCGAAUCUGCUUUCUCCGAUGCAUCGCAGGAAAUAGGAAAGUGCAUCGCUGCGGAAUUUUCCAAAGUAACCAGUCAAAUUAGAGCUGUCCUUAAAGAGUUUUCCGGCUUCAAAGAUGGAUUUCGUGCAGACGUGGAUAGUUUAGAAAAAUGUUCGGGAGAAGAUGUCUUUUGUUUAAUUCGAUUUGGAGCUUCUGUAUUAGACACGGUCCGUAAUAUAUCUCCAGCUAUUCAUAAUGAUAUAGAAAAUCUUUUCGAUUUGUUCAUCGUUAUUAGUGAAGAUGUUAGAAAAUGCGCUGGAAACGCCUUCUUUGGUAUAAGAGAUAAUACGCAAGAAAUCUUCAAUGAGACAGUAGUUUGUUUUAGACAGUAAAAUAUUUCUCAUUAA